GAACUAGUUGGGAAUGUAGAAACUAAGACUUCAGCCGAUAUGCCCAACUGCCUUCUCAUGGAAACGUUCUAUGAAAACUUGAAAGACCUACAUGAUCGAGAUAUGUGUCUAUCGAAAGAAGACUCAAAAAAACUAAUCGACUUGAUCAUACAGAGAGAGAAAGAUAAUGUAUCACUAGCAGAGGAAGUGAAAGAAUUUUCAGAGGGAUCAACCAGCAAGACAGGAUCAAACGAAGCUCUGGAAGUGCCGAUGAUAGGAGAUUGGAAGCGGAUGAUAUGUUGGGCGACUGGAGAUGGUGACCCGGAGGCGGAUACCAGGAGACCACAGCUGCACCACUCUUGGCAGAGACGGCAAAAAGCAGUCGGUGCAAGUGCAAGUGCAAAUACUCCGCCAGUGCCAGUCCAGUGGAAGUGCUUUGUCAAAGCGCUUUCCUCGUCUCGGUGCAUCCUCACACUGGUUCCAGCUUCAUUUCAGGAUGUAAAGGUGCUAGCCGAUUUCUCUGAAGAGUUUCCGGCGUCACGUCUGCGCGCCAACUCGUGGGACAUGAUGCGCCAAUCGACCGCCUCGAUUCGAGCUAGAACCAGUUCGGUGGGUGCACGUGUCACUAGUCGCACAGGUGACACGUGUGGCACUAGUGACACGUGUAGCACUAGCAGGCACUCCAUCACACUGCCUCUAUUCGUCUACGACUGCCUGGUCAGCAACCUCAUCGAUGCCAACUCGGUCAAAACCGGAAAUGACAUUUUCAUCGACAAGACUAACGAAACUGCCGAUGAUCCAAGUAGUGAGAGGGACUCUGACAAUUCCGAUAUCACUUUGGAGGAGCUCAGCCUGAGAGAACAUUGUAAAAUGGUGAUGCAAUCAUUCAAUAAUGCAUUUGUCGUGUCAUUGUUCAAAUCUCUACGCUUGGGCAAUAGCAUACAUGCAGUUGAUGUUAAAACAGCCGUAGAGGAGUGUGAAGAAUCAUCUGUCGAAAUUGAUAUCACUAAUUAUUUGAAGACGGUGUGUGGACAUUUGAAGGAAUUAUUUGCCGAAAAUCAAGUGGAAAACACUGACAGUGACGUCUUACUAUCCGUUUUCAAACAUCCUGGGCCCUGCUUGGACUACAAACAUUUGCACAAACUUAUCAAAAAUAAAUUCCUGAGAAUACUGACUGCAUCCUUCAAAGCUGUGUCAUCUGAUCCCAAGUAUUACUUCUGCUCGCCCAUGUGGGAAAGGGACCGACAGAAUUGUAGUAAUCAGAAGAAGAGAAAUGCACAAAAAUCGCAAGAAACCGCUACUAAAAAUCUUAAGGUUGUGUCGACCCCCUUCGGACAUGACGAUUCCUUAAGAGUGCUGGAGUCAUCUAAUGAGUUUGAUAGUCUGCAUUUCACAGCCGAUAUAUCUGAUUUACGAUGUGAUCAAAUCAGUAUGCAUGAUGACUUGGGAUUGAAAAUUAACUGCGCCUCCAAGCCUGAUCUAGAUUUAGAACUUGAAAGACGUAACACAGUUAUUAAUGAUUGGUGUGCCGCAAACAAUCUAUCUCUCAAUAAAAAUAAAACCACUGACACAAAUUCAGUUUCAAUAGAAAUUCAAAUGAGCCUUCCCUUAAAUUUUUGGGAUGUAAAGGUGCUAGCCGAUUUCUCUGAAGAGUUUCCGGCGUCACGUCUGCGCGCCAACUCGUGGGACAUGAUGCGCCAAUCGACCGCCUCGAUUCGAGCUAGAACCAGUUCGGUGGGUGCACGUGUCACUAGUCGCACAGGUGACACGUGUGGCACUAGUGACACGUGUAGCACUAGCAGGCACUCCAUCACACUGCCUCUAUUCGUCUACGACUGCCUGGUCAGCAACCUCAUCGAUGCCAACUCGGUCAAAACCGGAAAUGACAUUUUCAUCGACAAGACUAACGAAACUGCCGAUGAUCCAAGUAGUGAGAGGGACUCUGACAAUUCCGAUAUCACUUUGGAGGAGCUCAGCCUGAGAGAACAUUGUAAAAUGGUGAUGCAAUCAUUCAAUAAUGCAUUUGUCGUGUCAUUGUUCAAAUCUCUACGCUUGGGCAAUAGCAUACAUGCAGUUGAUGUUAAAACAGCCGUAGAGGAGUGUGAAGAAUCAUCUGUCGAAAUUGAUAUCACUAAUUAUUUGAAGACGGUGUGUGGACAUUUGAAGGAAUUAUUUGCCGAAAAUCAAGUGGAAAACACUGACAGUGACGUCUUACUAUCCGUUUUCAAACAUCCUGGGCCCUGCUUGGACUACAAACAUUUGCACAAACUUAUCAAAAAUAAAUUCCUGAGAAUACUGACUGCAUCCUUCAAAGCUGUGUCAUCUGAUCCCAAGUAUUACUUCUGCUCGCCCAUGUGGGAAAGGGACCGACAGAAUUGUAGUAAUCAGAAGAAGAGAAAUGCACAAAAAUCGCAAGAAACCGCUACUAAAAAUCUUAAGGUUGUGUCGACCCCCUUCGGACAUGACGAUUCCUUAAGAGUGCUGGAGUCAUCUAAUGAGUUUGAUAGUCUGCAUUUCACAGCCGAUAUAUCUGAUUUACGAUGUGAUCAAAUCAGUAUGCAUGGUCAGAGUGGUUGGGAGGGUGUGGCUAACAAUUGUGUAACAACACCUGACGAUGCCAGAACAUCUCUGAUAGCCAACAUGGAUUCCGAUAGUAUAAGCAAUUUUCCAGAUGACGAAUCGGUCGAAGAAGUUUCUCCACUUUUCUUGCAUUUGGACUGUUCUCUCAAUUCUGCAGGAGACAGUAACAAUUGCACUGUCAAAAUAAUACCGACAUGCUUAAACGAACUGCUAGAUGUGGACAACAACAAACUGGAAAAGUUGAACUUGAGCGACAUGAAAGUGGUGUUGCGAUUGGUGCUCACCGCCAAAACCAGUACUCAGCCUCCUCUCAGCCAACCAGCGACCACCACGGACACCAGUACACCGCAACUGCACCACCUGCCUGACAACCAGCAAAAGGCGGUGGCACAGUGUGUCAAGGAAAUCGAAUGGCUCAUGCACGAUGAGAUAGCCGCCUUCAUGUUGGAUGUAGUUCCGGUCUCUCAGGAAACGCUGCAAUUUGUGUCACAUCACGUCGAGACUUCUGUGAAUCGUCCCAGCUGCCUGCACCAACUAGUGCCUUUGAAGUUUGUCUUCGGUCUUGAACACAGUAUGGGUUGCUUCCUCAAGGACCUAGCUCAAAUGACUAUUCCGGGUUACUGUCUGCAAAAGGAGGGCGAUUAUUACUUUCUUAUAAAAGAUGAGAAUUCGAAAACACAAAAGUCGAAUGAAGAAAGUUUCUGCAAUUACAGUCAAAGUGGCGAGUUUUGGGUCUCUUCUACUGGAUCACAAACAAAUGAUGACAAAAAGUCAAUCGACUCACCAUCAUGGACACGCACAUCCGAUAUGAGAAGUUGCAGUCAAGAAUUCAACAAAAGUUCGAUAUCAGGCUGGAGCUCAGUUGCUGCCUGGCAUCAUAAUGUUUCAUCAUUGAUGGAAAAUGGAUUGGCAGCUGAAGAUAUUUAUAAUGUAGAGCAUAUGGAUGAAUCUAGUGACUGGCUCAGUGAUCUUGAAAGGAGAAGAGCUAUACUGCCCAACUUCUGGUUGAUCAUGAAAGUUGAUAAGGAAUCAGUCUCCACAUAUUUCCAUUGCAGAUUUCUUGAACUUGAAACCCAAAAAGUGAAAUUGUACAGUUUGAUUCAGAGAAGCGUUGUGAAAAAUAUCAGUGAAGUGUGCAAGGUAGUGAAUCAAACAAUGCUAUUGCAGAACCUACACAAUACAAGGCUGUGUAAUCCGCUGCUCGAACCAGAAACAACAGACGAUGAUACUUGGACAUCAAGCCCAAAAAUUCAAUCACAAGUUGGAGGUCGUAUCGACUUGGAAAGUGGUUUUCCCGAAGGAAUUUUCGCUUGUAAUGUUGUGUGGAAAACACACUUCGCACUGCAUCCUCGCCUCAAAACAGGUCCUGGAAAGCCUCGUCUGUCCAGAGCUAUUCAGGCUUUGCAAACCGUACUCAACAGGUUCUCUGUCAACAAUCGAAACAACAUGUUUGUCUACCAAGACAAAAAUGAAAAUGUCUUCUAUUUGAGGUUGUACGAGAAAACUCAAAUAAGAACAAUUGAUGUAGAAGACGGUUCACCAGGAUCAGUAUCGCGUAGUUCUUCUAUUAAUUCAUUAAAUAGAGAAUACAACAAGCGAGUUUUGGAUGAUCAAAUCAGUGUCAAUAAAGAACCGCCGAGGCCAAGGUUGAAAUCAUUUGGAGAGUCCGGUGAUGGUUCUUUCACUUCGAAACAGGAAGACUUUAUAACUCUACAAGUUCAUGGUAUAUACGAAGCAGGAUCUGAAGUGAAGUUGGAACUUGUCCAAGUUUUGCAGAACAGGCUGAACGAUGCGGUGCUGGAAGUUGUUUCAGUUAUGCUAGCUCGUAAUCCAAUGUGCAAAUUAUCACCUGAAGAUGUACAUUUCAUCCAAAAACCCAACAGUACUCCGGAUAAUUUCAUAAAGUUCACCAUACCUUUGCAUGCAACCAGUUAUCUGCAAGCUUUGGCUUAUUUCCUUCGACAAAAUCUACUGCAAUUUCUGCACAUGCCCAAGUACACUGAUUCAAGGAUCCACAAUCAUUUUCAGGACUACACAUACCCAAACGAUUCGACCAGAAAGAUACCAGAAGAAAAUAUACUGCUCUACAAUCAGAGUCACUCUUCCGGCAAUAAGGGUAUUGCAUGUAUUGGAUUCUCUGUUGUGAACGCUGAUGGGAGUCUACUAGUGGCAAGGGAUCAAUGUCCGAUUCCUUCUUCUGAUGCAUACUACAAAAAACCUCUCUCAGAAUCAGAGUUCCACCCUUUCACCGAAACCUCAACUAUCAGCGAUCAAGAAAUUAGUGAAUCAGCAGGUGACUCAACUUUCAUCGAGUUUCGUGUCUGGAAACAAGGCAGAGUGAAUAUUGAAUCGCUCACACAUAUGCUGAAAGCUUCCAUACGACAUACUCUCUGGGAUUUACUUAUGGAGUACAACUUACUCACUGCUCCUCUCACUCAACCUUCUGCAGAACAAGAAAAGUUGGUUGAUCAAGAACUUGCACCUAUUCAUCAAACCAUAACAGUUCCAUGGUUGAAGCUUGCUGUGAGCAUGGGUGUUCCCGCAGUCAAGCCACUUUACAUCAACCUUACAGCAAGGUCAAUUUGUUACCUCUACAUCUUCUUCAAUCUAUGGCACAUAAACUAUUUUAGAACGCGACCAAGGGGCAGGCUUCUGAAGGUGUGCGGUAACGUAGUUCAUGACUAUGUUGAACAACAAUGGACUAAGAGUGGAUCCCUGGUGCACCCCGACCUUGACUUCAAAUUCCGGACCAACACCAGCAGGGCUGAGGACUCUAGUCUUGAUGUCAUUAUACAUGUCCUUGAGGAUUUCGAUAUAACAUAUUUCAAUUAUUGGUUUGCAGCGCACAGUAUCUCAUCCCAUUAUCCACCUUUUUGUGACUCAUCCUCUGAUCCAAUGCUAUUUAUUCCACGUCAACGGUUUUUGCUUGCGGUUAUAACGAGUGAAAAUAUAACCAUUUACACGUACAAUUGGGCCAAGGAAAGGAUUGAACUGAUGAAGAAGCAUGUUAGCAAUCUUGGCAAUUGGCUAAGUGCUCGAUGCAGCUUAUUGACUGGAAUUCUAGCGCAAAAAAUGGGGCUUUUCCAUAAUAAGCCAUAUGCCAGAAAGACUACAGGACAAAGUGGACUGAGUCAUACAACUGACGUAGAAAGUCUUGUCAGUUUUUCAAUGCAAACGGUCAAACAGCAGAGAUCUACCGGUUGUGGAAUAGCCCAGCUAUCAGAGGUUCUAAGGGAUACGAAGCCAACACCUAUCAAGAAACUCAACACUGCUGAUCCUGUCGUAAUCAAUGUUCAGCGAAUUCUCGAUUCUCGAAACGAUGAGAAACGAGAUCAUCAGAAGAAACUGUACAUGAUGUGGCAGGCUAGGGGAGCGACACCAAAUAUUCCUUUAGCUGAGGACAUUCUUCAUAUUUUCAUCCAACACUCGAGAAAUAUCCAUUACUGUCUCACACCUUUGCUCUUUCUUCCGAGGUGGCGAAUUCAAAGUGCAGCUACAAGAGAUCAUUCUCUGAAAGUGGUCCAGGCCUCAUCUAGUGAUAGCUCUGUGUCAAAGAGUGACGAUAAAUGGCACCAACAGCUGUGUCAUAACUUUGUUCACGAAUACAAACAAUAUCUACAAUCCUUGGGAUUCAUUCCCAUUCAGAUUGGUCCAUCGACACCAAAAAAGGGAAUGCGAAGGAACAGUAUUUGCCAGUCAACUAAGAACUCAUGUUUCCUUCAAAAAUCACUUCUUGGAGGUAUACUUCUGUUUGAGUUGUUUCUAUCGGAACCAUUCUUCCACACAAAACUGCAUGCACUUGAGUGCUCAAGGCUACAGUCUUCGACUCCACUUUUGUCUCAGUUCAUAAUGAGUUUCUUGGACGAAUGUGACCGAGUGAAAAUACUGAUGCAUCUACACUCUUUUACCUACGAUUACCAUCUGCGCUGUUUGCAUUGGUUCAUUUCCAACAAGCAAGUGCUUCUGCGUCCAAACUACCACAUCACCAGCUUCCUUGAUGACUUCAUUAAAUACUACACCAAAGCUCCCAACUAUGCCACAAGUCUUGUCUUUUCAGAUUCAAUGCUGAUCCGUGACAUAUCGAUACCAUCUAUGCAAUUGUUCAGUUACUUAUUGAAUAAUGAGAAAGACUACAAGAUGGAAGUAUACUGUAUGCUUCCUUCCUCGGAAAAUAGUCAAGAAAAUGAGUUCAUCCUGGUGCAGUUGAGCCAAACGCCCCAGAUCAUUUACAAAGAUGCACAUGACAUGAAACAGACUGAUGACUUUGAUGUGACCCUGAUGAUCGCCCAACAAGCAAACCCGGAUCCAAACACCUUAUCUUUGCACUUCUAUCUACUCCUUACAAGCAGAAGAGAGCUUUACCCAAACCUUGAAAUUGAGCGCAAGCUUGGGAAGUUCUGUCCCGUAUCUACUGUCUCAUCACUGACUGAGACUGAUGGUCAGAGCGGCAAAACAGGGGACAUUGUUGUGACGCCAGUUGCAACUCAACAUAAUGAAAUCAGACCAGAAUGUGUGAACUAUGUUGGUUACUACUCAUCUCACGAACAGCUGAUGCAGCAGUUGAUAAUGGAAGAGGCGGAGGCAGCGCGCCGUCACAUCAUGUGGAUGACCAGUGAGGGCUCUUUGGACUGUACAACUCACCUCUUGUGGAAUAAAUUGAUGUCCAAUUAUCCUCUGAACAACACACUGACAUAUGGAGAACUAAUGGAGCUGUGUAAUCUAGCACAAGUUGAACUGCUAUCAGCUAUAGAUGCUCGAUUAUCUCCACUGCUGGCCCAGUCGUUGCCAUGGUAUCAGAGUCUCGUUAAGGUGCUCGCGGCCAAAUAUUCCGACUUAUUUCGCACGUUCAUUUCAGCCGACAACAAUACUCAACAUUUCCUCAUACUGCAUCCGAAACUGAUGAAAGGAUUUGUCAUGCUUACACUGGAUAUGCAGGCCGCUCGAGGUGAAAUAAGUAUAGUCUGCAGAAAAUCUCACCGUCACGAUCAACACGAUGUAUCAACAUCGGAUCUUCAUUCUCUAAUUGAAGGCGUGGUCAACGCUACUGGCUUCCAUAUUUGGACUGGAUUAUUAUAACGCCAAUUUAGAUACCUAAUCAAUCAAUUUCGAGCAAAUCGAAAUUUAGGCAAAUAUUGUUGUAGAUCAUUCAAGUCAUUGAUCCUUGAAGCUACCAUUGAUCCGACUCUGACAAGCUACAUCUUAUCUUCUCUUUCAACCUACUGGCAAAUUUCACUUUUUGUGUAGUUGACAAGUUGAUAUUGUGGUAAUUAUUCAUAUUGAAUGAAAAAGACUAAGAAAUUGUCAAAAAAUCAGUGGUUUUUUGACAAUUUCUUAGUCUUUUUCAUUCACUACUGGGAAAUAUUUUACCUCAUAUUAUUAUUAAUUACGUAUUGCCAUUAAUUACGCUUAUUUGUGCAAUCUCUGUGUCUCAAUGGAUUGUACAUUUAGAUUUUAUAAUAUGAAUCAAAACAAACUUCCAAUUUGAAACUAUUUUUAUAAUAAAUAAUAUAUUUCAACAGUUUACUUGACAAAUGUGUGUAGACGAUUGACAUUAGGAGCGUAAGAUUAGAAACAAAUUAUUAAGCAUGUUAUUUUUAUAUGUUGAAGAUUGAAAGUUUGUAAUUAUAAUUGUGGUCUUACUUCAACAAGGCUUCUAGUAUUAGAUGUUAUUGCAGACUUGAAACUAAUAUGUGAUCAAAUGUGUUCAUAAAUAUUUUGAUGAUGGAGUACUUGUUACCUUGCAGAACAGCAAUCUGAAAGCAAAAUGUAUAAUUUUAGUAAUCAAGUCAUUAUUGAAUAAUUUUAGUAUAUUUAUUCAUUAUUCUAUCAUUUUAAUGUAACUUUCAAAUCUCAAUUCAUUAUCUAAUUCGUUUGAAAGGAAGUCAAAUAAUCCUUAUUAUGUAAUUCUUUAUUGCUCAAACAAUAUAUUAUUUCUAACCUAAAAUUUAUGAAUAAAUGUUGUUAGUACCUCAGUUACAAGAAGGUAGGUGAUUAAAAUAUUGCACAAAAAAA